CGCGGAGCUCCGAGUGAACUUCAAGAAGACAUUAACGGUACGCAGCCCGAAGGAGUCAUUAACGGGACGCAGCCUCAAGGAGACCUUAACGGGACGCAGCCAUUAGCGGGACGCAGCCCGAAGGAGACAUUCCUCUGCUAGCUAGCUCCGGCUCCCUCCGCUUAGUUUACAUCACAGACCUGUUGAUAGCGCUUAGCACCAUUAGCAUCCCAUUCUAUCUUGGUCAUAUUACUACCCCCCCUCCUUUACGAGCAGCAGGGUUUUAAAGGCGGUCUUGUGUACAUGGAGUCCCUGUCGGAACGGUCUGUGAGGAUUCCGCUGGAGAGCUACAGCUAAUACUAGCGCUAAUGCUAGCAGAGACACCGCUUGACUUUUAGCCGUAGCAGCUAGUUAGACUGGCUAGCUCUCCCCUCCACAGCUGUUGGUUAGCUCGGCUAGCUCUCCCCUCCACAGCUGCUGGUUAGCUUUGCUAGCUCUCCCCUCCACAGCUGCUGGUUAGCUAGGCGAGCUCUCCCCUCCACAGCUGCUGGUUAGCUAGGCUAGCCGCUCUCCACAUCUGGAUCCUCAUUGUUUGCACCAUGGGCGUCAUCUUCGCCAAGCUGUGGAGCUUCUUCUGUGACCAAGAACACAAAGUGAUCAUUGUUGGGUUGGACAAUGCAGGAAAGACCACCAUACUCUACCAGUUUCUUAUGAACGAGGUGGUCCACACGUCGCCCACCAUAGGCAGCAACGUGGAGGAGAUCGUAGUGAAGAACACACACUUCCUCAUGUGGGACAUCGGCGGGCAGGAGUCCCUCCGCUCCUCCUGGAACACCUACUACUCCAAUACUGAGGUAAACGUGUACAAAUACUACUCCAAUACUGAGGUAAACGUGUACAAAUACUACUCCAAUACUGAGGUAAACGUAUACCACUCCAAUAUUGAGGUCAACGUGUACAAAUACUACUCCAAUACUGAGUUCAUCAUCCUGGUGGUGGACAGCACAGACCGAGAGCGGCUGGUCAUCUCUAAAGAAGAACUGUACCGCAUGCUGGCCAACGAGGAUCUGCGUAAGGCUGCGGUUCUGAUCCUGGCCAACAAGCAGGACAUGAAGGGCUGCAUGUCUGCAGCGGAGAUCUCCAAGUACCUCAGCCUGAGCACCAUCAAGGACCACCCCUGGCACAUCCAGUCCUGCUGCGCCCUGACCGGGGAGGGGUUGUGUCAGGGUCUGGAGUGGAUGAGCUCCCGGGCCGGUCUCAGAUAGCCCCGCCCCCCCCCCCCCGGUGAGCAAGAAAAAAAUGGUCACCUUUGACCUCUAGAGACUAAAUAGGAAGACCUGACCUGAUGAUGGAGCUGCUAUUCUCAUCCUCGUCGACCAAUGGGAGAGGAGGAGCCAACACUACAUACAUAUCAUGUUGUCAUCGAAGCCAGGGCCGGACGGGCCGGCUUUGAUCGGUGGAAUCACGUUACAUUAAGUUCUCUCGGACAUCGGUGCUUACAGAGCCAUUUCAUAAGCUACGUUCAUGUGGUGCAUUAUGGGUAAACGAUUACAUACCUUCCGUACUCAUUCCAGCAGCUUUGGCGUGCAUGCUAGGUCGUCACACGCACACACACACACACACGCACACACGCACAUGCACUAGAUCAUAAUACACAUUAAGUCAUAGCACAUACACAGUUGUUAAACAGACCCAUUAAGUAUCUACACACACCUGGGUCCACACUAAUAAGUUGGUGGUGUGUUAUACCAAAACAAGGGUGUAACACACACACACACACACACACACACACACACACACACACACACACACACACACACACACACACACGGGUGUUAUACACAUGCUAGAUGAUAUCACAUAUCUGGUAGGCCAUUCAACACUUUCGAACAUAACAGCUUAUUUCAACAGUAUUUUAAUUUUAGUCAAAUGUUGCUAAAUAUGAUUUGAUGUAUUUUCAUUUUGAUUAAGAUGUUUGCCUUUUUAAUAAUCUUUUAUGAUGCAGGUUUAUAUCACACAGACCUAUGUGUUAUUACAUGUCCUUUGCUUCUAGAUGCCUUUAGCUGUGUGUGUGUGUGUGUGUGUGUGUGUGUGUGUGUGUGUGUGUGUGUGUGUGUGUGUGUGUGUGUGUGUGUGUGUGUGUGUGUGUGUGUGUGUGUGUGUGUGUGUGUGUGUGUGUGUGUGUGUGUGUGAGAGUCAAGGUUAAUGUUCUCAACAUGUUCAAAGUAUUUUUACACGCUGAUGAGGACCAUGUGGACUCAACAGCCAGGAGAGUCUGACCGUGUGUGACCGUGGUCAUGCAUUUGUUUUUAAUAAAACUUUUAUUUUGAAUCUUAA